CAUUUUACGUUGGAUCCGAUUGAAAUCUAGUUGGUAACGCUAAAUUUUGGAACAAGAUCCAACAAUAAAACAUUUUUCAAUAUUGUUGAGUUUUGGAAAGUAUAUUAUCAUUUUGAUUGUACUACGCUGAGUUUUGGAAGACACGGUUGGUUUCAAUUUGCAUUUUUGCGAAUUUUCCAUGGACCGUAUAACUAACUACUCACUAGCGUAACGAAGACUUGGUCAAUUCUUCAUUUUAUUUCCGAUCAUUAAAUUCUACAAUUAAUUUUAUUGAAAUAAAUAUCUUAUUUAGUUUUUUUGUAUAAGAUACAUUUCUUUGGAGCAAACCAAAUGGAAACCACAUCGUCACUUGAAGAAAAUAUGACACGGACGGUCAUUUAUUUUCUGUUAUAGUGUGAUAAGGAUAUGUAAAGUGCUGAUAAGAGGUCUGAUGGAGAUAUAAACAAACUACUAACUGUCUCUAGCAUAGACCUCAAUAUACCUAACCUAACCUGUUUGACGCCGACUGCCACUGCCGCUGACAAGUUGGACUGUUCUAUUGUCCAGUUGUAUUGUCUUUUUUUAGAACUUGAAUCUUCAGUCCGCGUCUUGGUGUACCAGUGAUUUCGAUGGCCAAGUCCAGAAAUGGUCUGACGGCCGUUGGCCUGUCGGUUUUGGGAGUGUCUUUAGUCCUGUUGGCGUUCACGACGAAGAGCUGGUUGGUCACGGAUGAGAAAUUUGAGCACCCGAAAUUCGAAAGGAUCGGUCUAUGGGUAGUAUGUUUCAACGAUUUUGAAGACCCUCAUCAUUGGUACGAUACAAGAUCCCAUAGUUGUUGGUGGGUGUUUGAAGGAGAAUAUUAUAUUAUCGAUGAUAUUUUAUUCAAAGGUUUUUUUAUUGCUACUCAGUUUUUUUUUUCAACUUGUCUUCUCUUGACAAUAUUUGGUAUAUUCUACUCUACGCUUUAUAUGUAUCUAAAUAGAGCUCAUGAACGUUUUAUUCAAAUUCUUCUUAGAGCUGCAACACUCUACUUAGCUGCAGCUGUAUGCAGUACUAUUGCUCUGAUAAUAUUUGGAACAUAUGGAGACAGUAGAGUAUGGAUGCCAAAUUGGGAAAACAAUAAUAUAGGAUGGAGCUACGGUGUAGCAGUCACAGGAACUAUUACUCUUUAUGUCAGUGGAGUAUUGUAUGGAAUAGAAUGUCGGGCACACAUGUAUAAACGUAAAAAAAUGGCUACUCAAAGAGUCUAUUACCACUAUGAUGAAGAUGACAUAAAACAAAUGUCGCUCACUGACAUAUAAAUGUCCAAACUUUAUUUUAAAAUCUCCAGUAGCAGCAUCUGCUACUCUAAUUUAUUCUCAAUGCAGCUAAAUUCUACUAGCGUACGUAGCUGCAACAAUUUCUGAUGCCCCUUAAUUUGCACUUAAUAGUAGCCAUAGAACCGCGCCUGUCUUAAUGAAUAUGUACAGUAAAAACUGCAUGAGCGAUUCACUCUGCAUAGAAAACACUUAGUAUUUGUUUUAGAUACAUAUAAAAUAUUAUUAAACAUAGUAUGAAUGAAAAUUGUGGAUUUUUAUUCUUAAAAAUGGCUCUUGGAAAACACUUUGUUACUUGGUCAUUUAUAUAAUUGUUGACAAACUGUAAUAUAUAAAUAAUCAUAUGUCUUCCUUUGAAUUUGAUGUACAAUUAACAUCGGUUAUGUAUAUAAUAUAAAUUAUAAAC